CAGACUUAAAUUAUUGUACACUCGGCCAUUUCGAUAGAGCCACCGGAACAUCUGCUGCUGCCCCUGCCAGGAUCCGACCCUCUAUAAAAUCAUUGAUCACUGCAGUUCUUCAGAAUUCUGUUUGCAAUGAUUCUCUGCACAGUGAAAACGGGUUCAUCCCUCUGGUGGUAAAUAUUUCUAACAUCUGGUCUCAGAGAAGUACCUUUUGUAAAAUAUCCAAGAACACCUAAGAGGCGGUCUAAGGGGAAGAGGUCGCAGACUUCUAAGUUAGAGAACUAGGAGAGACUCUUUUAACAAGUUGGAUUACUUAUACAUACAUUAUGGGAAUUUAUUGGAAAAAGUGGCUCUGUGUCUUCUACACAAUCAUUAAUUUUGCUUUAGCACUGAGUUCCCCCGACGACAGAGGACUACAGCGGAUCACUUAUGUUGUGCAGCGGGGGCAAGCUGGUUCUACUGGCAGGCGUCUUGGGUCUGUUUCCAGGAUAGGAGUAGCAAGGCAACAGCCACAGACUUUCAACCUAGAGUUGCAGGGUAGCUACAGCAACCAGGUGCGGACCCGCAGGAUGGGUAUGAAAGAAGGCACCACCUUACACCUCGGACCGAGCUUACAGCUCAAAUCUCACUCUGCAGGGGAAGCCCCUGUUAUAGUGCAGCAACAUAUAGAGCAGCAUCAGCAAAAGGGCACGGGCCCCAGCGUGCAGCUUCGGCGCGAGACGGUGCAGCGGAGUAGCGGCGCCAGUGUGCAGCUCCAGCAGCUGCAACUCCAAGGAGUGAAUGUCUGUGGUGGGCAGUGCUGUCAUGGCUGGAGUAAAGCUCCUGGAUCCCAAAGGUGCACCAAACCUAACUGCGUACCAAAAUGCCAGAAUGGUGGCAUGUGUCUGAGGCCCCAGCUGUGUGUGUGCAAGUCAGGUGUGAAGGGUAAAUUCUGUGAAGAAACUACAGGCCAGCAGGAGACUUCAGUCACAUCAGCAUCUGGUGGUCAAGAUCAUGGGGUUCCUUCUAGACCUAUUCCUCUCCAAGCUUCUCCACAUUCAAUGGCCCAGAAGAUGCAGGGACCACCAAAAAUCAACCCAGCAAUGGCACAGAUGACCUUAACUGUGAAGCAGAAACAGGCUGCCAUGCUUCCCCAUCAAGUGCAGCACCAAUUGCUGCCCCUAUCAUCGCAGCCACUAGCAAUGAGUUUUCAAAAUGGCCAGCAAUAUGUCAUUAAACCUAAAUACCACCCAUCUCAGAAGGUAUAUGGAGGGCAUGCCACCGAAGGAUCCUUACCUCUAAGUAUAGACCAUGGACAUAUUCCAGCACCAUUUCUAGUUGGAAACCGUACUGGACGCAUCAAAGUUGUCUUCACUCCUUCCAUCUGCAAAGUGACAUGCAUCAAAGGCAAAUGCCAGAACAGCUGUGAACAGGGAAAUACGACAACCAUCAUAAGUGAAAAUGGGCAUGCUGCUGACACCCUGACCGCCUCUAACUUUCGUGUGGUUGUAUGCCAUCUUCCAUGCAUGAAUGGAGGACAGUGUAGCUCCAGAAACAAGUGUCAGUGCCCACCAAACUAUACUGGGAAGCUCUGCCAGAUACCAUUACAGAAUGGCAAUGGUCACCAGCAGCAGCAGCAGAUCCAGGCAAAGGACAGCAAGACUACCGCCUCCCAGGUUAUUCAUUCAACCCAUACUCUGCCAUUAAGCUAUGCCGGCCAAGAGGAUACUCAAGCACAGCUCCAGCCCAGCAUUGUUAAUGUCCAUGUCAAGCAUCCUCCUGAGGCAUCAGUACACAUCCACCAGGUCUCUGCUGUUGACAGCUCUUCAUCUUCACAGAAGAUAAAUACAAUUCAACAAAUCCAACCCCACGUUUCCUACCACACUGGUCCUUCCCAAAAGACACAGAUGCUUCAGAUACCAAAUGUGUUGUACCCCAAUCAACAUACAGUGACUCACCACUAUCCUGUUACUUCCAAGUCUCGACUAGGACGUUGUUUCCAGGAGACUCUUGGAUCACAAUGUGGCAAAGCGCUGCCAGGGCUGUCAAAACAAGAAGAUUGCUGUGGAACUAUGGGCACUUCCUGGGGCUACCACAAAUGUCAGAAAUGCCCCAAGAAAUCAUCGUAUUCUGGAUAUGAGCAAAGAGUCUGCCCCCGUGGAUAUAAGCCAAUUAAUGCUACUUUCUGUCAAGAUAUAAAUGAAUGUAUGAUACAAGGUGUAUGUCCAAAUGGAAAAUGUGUGAACACAAUGGGUAGCUACAAGUGUUCUUGUAAACCUGGAUUUGUACCAGACUUGGCACUUUCUGCAUGUGUCCCUGAUAACACUAUGGUUGUAGAAGAGAAGAAGCCCUGUUUCCGGUUUGUCAGUGCAGAGAAACAGUGUAUGCAUCCACUAUCUGUUCAGCUCACCAAACAGCUCUGCUGCUGCAGUGUUGGCAAAGCCUGGGGGCCACAGUGUGAGAAAUGCCCCCUCCUAGGAACAACUGCAUUUAAGGAGAUCUGUCCUGGUGGAAUGGGCUACACAGUUAGAUUCCAGCCUAAUCACAAUGAGAAGACCCAGAUUACUAUAGCUAAGCCUGUUGACCCACCAGUAAGACUACCAGCUAGAGAGGACCCUGUGGAGGCACUAAGUUCUUCUGAAAGACACAGACCUGAAGGAACAACUUCUGGAAGAGUGAUAACAGCUGCUCCAGAACAGGAGCUCGCCUCUCUGGAUGAUGGUGAAAAGUCAGUUGCAGAACUUGGACAACCUCAGCUGUCACCAGGAAUUUCAACAAUGACUGUGCUGCCAAGGUUCCCUGAAGUCAUUGAGAAAUCUUCACCCCCAGUGCCAUUUGAAUUAGCUCCUGAAGUCUCUACAUCCAGUGCAAGCCAAGUCAUUGCACCUACUCAGGUUACAGAAAUUAAUGAAUGUGCAGUGUAUCCUAACAUUUGUGGUCCAGGAAGCUGUGUCAAUUUGAUUGACGGAUAUAGAUGUUUCUGCCAUGCUGGUUUCCAUCUGAACAGCUAUGAGACCACCUGCAUCGAUGUAAAUGAAUGUACCAACACAUCCCUCUGUCCGCAUGGAGUAUGCGAAAAUACAGAAGGCAGUUACCUGUGUAUAUGUGAUGUUGGGUUCAUGUUUAUUGAAGGAAAAGAAUGCAUUGAUAUUGAUGAGUGUUCAAGAUAUGGUAUUUGUGGAGAUGGACUCUGUAAAAAUACCAUUGGCUCUUACAGAUGCGAAUACUGCAACCGUGGUUUCAGAUUUAAUGAAAGAAGUGAAUGUGAAGAUGUUGAUGAAUGUCGGAAUCCACAUGCUUGUCCUUCUGGAAGGUGUAACAACCUUCCUGGCUCCUAUGAAUGUGUUCCUUGCCCAGAUGGUUACAGAAGUAAAAAUGGCCAGUGCUUUGAUAUCAAUGAGUGUCUGAAUAGUUCUGUAUGUGCCAAUGGCAGGUGCUCUAAUCUAGAGGGAUCAUAUGUUUGUUCUUGUAAUGAAGGAUAUGAACCAAGCGAUGAUGCCAAGUCCUGUAAUGAUGUUGACGAAUGUCAGCGUGAUGCUGUUUGUACAAAUGGACAGUGCAGAAAUACAGAUGGCUCAUUCCAAUGCGUUUGCUAUCAGGGAUACCGUCUCACUGCUGCCAAAGACCAGUGUGAAGAUAUUGAUGAAUGCCAAAAAAUGAGGAAUGUCUGUCAGGAAGGAGGCACAUGCAUCAACAAUGUGGGCUCCUUUGAAUGUCUCUGUGCAGAUGGUUUCCAGCUUGUGAAUGACACGAGAUGUGAAGAUAUCAAUGAGUGUUUGCAGUCAGAAUUGUGUGUUCCCAAUGGAGAAUGCCUUAAUACUGCUGGUUCCUUCAAGUGCAUCUGUGAACAAGGCUUUUCAGUCUCUGAAGAUGGACGUACAUGUGAAGAUAUCGAUGAGUGUCAGACCUCAGAACUGUGCGCUCCUUUUGGUGACUGCUUUAAUACACAUGGUUCCUUCUACUGUGCUUGUGAGCAAGGGUAUACAGUUUCUGCUGAUGGCCAUAAAUGUGAAGAUUUUAAUGAAUGUGAAGUAUUAAGUGGAAUUUGUGGAGAAGCCAAAUGUGAAAAUGCUGAAGGUAGCUACUUGUGCGUGUGUCCAGAUGAGAACCAGGAAUAUGAUAUAAACACAGGACAGUGCUACGUUAGGGGCCAACCAGAUGAAGGAGAAAGAAAAGAAUGCUACUACCAUUUGAAUGAUGCCAACCUGUGUGACAAUGUCCUAACAUCCAAUGCCACCAAACAAGAAUGUUGUUGUACUCUGGGAGCAGGCUGGGGAGAUAACUGUGAGAUUUUCCCAUGUCCUGUUUUUGGAAAUGAUGCAUUCAAUGCACUGUGUCCUAAAGGAAAAGGUUAUAUCCCAAAAGAUGAUAUGACUUACGACGUCAGUGGACAAACCUAUAAAGAUGCAGAUGAAUGUGCUCUCUUUGGAGAAGAAAUUUGCAAGGGCGGAUAUUGCUUGAACACAGAGCCAAAUUUUGAAUGCUAUUGCAAGCAAGGCUGGUAUUAUGACCCAUUGAAACUGCAGUGUGUAGACAUUGAUGAGUGCCAGGAUCAAACAGUUUGCAUUGAUGGUCAAUGUGUUAACACAGAUGGAUCCUACAACUGUUUCUGUACACGCCCAAUGGUUCUGGAUGCCACAGGACAACGCUGCAUCACAAUUACUGACUCUGCCGACCAAACACAGGUUUUUGAAGAUAUUUGCUGGCAACGUGUAACUGAUGAUGGCAUGUGUGCCCAGCCAUUGAUUGGCAGACGGACCACUUAUACAGAAUGCUGCUGUCUAUAUGGUGAAGCAUGGAGCAUGGACUGUGCCUUUUGCCCAAAGAGAGAUUCGGAUGAUUUUGCCAGUCUUUGCAACAUUCAGAUUCCAGCAGUGGGGCGACCAUAUGGACGAGAUGCAUUGACUGCCUUUGAUUCUGAGUAUUCAUUUCAUGACCUUGAUUAUGAACCUGAGCCUCCUGUCCAACUUGAACCACCAUUCUUUGAAGAGCGUGAUGAUCGCUACAACAGCUUUGAAGGUUUGCAAGCAGAGGAAUGUGGCGUCUUAAAUGGCUGUGAAAAUGGGAGAUGUGUGAGAGUGCAAGAAGGCUACACAUGUGACUGCUUUGAUGGCUACCACUUGGAUAUGACUAAGCUGGCUUGUGUUGAUAUUAAUGAAUGCGAUGAGCUGAAUGAAAGGAUGUCCCUCUGCAAAAAUGCAAAGUGCAUCAAUACGGUCGGCUCCUUCAAAUGCGUGUGCUUCCCCGGCUAUGAACCUUCAGAACAGCCAAACUACUGCACGCCAUUGUCUACACCAGACACCAGUGAGCUAGAAUAAGCUAUCAGGGAUCUGCAGUAACCUCUUUCCAUAUUCCCAGCACUGCAAUGGACAAAGGAAAAAAAGUUAUUGGUCAUGAAGAAAUAUAUUCAAUGUAAACAAACUGAUGGCUUAAAAGAAAACAAUACAUUACUUUAAUUGUCUUCAUAAAAGGGGAUAAUAUGAGCAGAAGACUAUCAGCUUUUAUGAGCUGACAGACCAAAUCAAAAGGUUUAUCUGCAUGAAAGAAACUUGUGUAUGGUGUCUGUGUAUGUAUUAACUCAAUGCAACAGACAGAACAGUUGCUACUGUUUUCAGGAGAGCCUCCAUUUUACCACAGCUCUGAUCGUAUUGGCAUUCUUAGUGAUAAACAUGGGUUAUUUCUUUUUAUGAGACAUAUUUGGUAAAAGCUAUGCAAUGUGUAUUAUACUGCUGCUCUUCAGAUUUUUACAAUUUGUAUAAAUUCAUUGAUAGGUGCAUUUUAAACGUAUGGAUUUUAUUGUUAAACAAGAUUGUACUUUUCUAUGUCUGGAACAUUGGUCAGUGACUUACUUUUCUCACUAGUUGUUUGCCCUGUGGAGCAGGCACUGCUUUUAUUUCUACAUUUUUAUACACCUUUUAGACAAAAAUACUCGUUUUAUACUGUUUUUUUUUUAAUGAUUUUCUGCACUUACAUUCUAACCAGGUUUCAAAGCUGCUAGAAGAGUACCUGAUGUUCUGGUUUGUUCUGUAUAGUAAACUAAAGAAAAGGAAACUGUGUUCCUGUAUUGUAAUUUGUAAAUGGAAAAAGAAUGGCUUUUUGUGGACUACCCUAACAUUUUAUGCUGCAUAUUUAACUCCAAUAAAUGCAUCACUUUUUUAAAGAAAAGUGAUUUGGUUUCCCUGCA